UUCGUUUACCAUUAGUACAUUAAGACCAUCGGCUGUGCGACAGAAUUUAUUUAAUACCAACUUCAUUAGGUCUAAUUAAUCGUUUACAAUCUCAAGUUAUUAACAGGAAUAUAGAACGAUGGUAGAGCAUGUGCGGAGAAGACAAGGAUAGACAUAUAUUUUCUCUCUAUAUACUCCGCGCGUAUAAUAAGCUUUAUUUUUAAACAAAAGAGAGCGAACAUUGGAGUAUACUUCGCUGAAAAUGCUAUCAGAGAGAUUGAAACGUCAUUAUGAAGUUUCUUUCGGAACCUCGUCGAAAAGUAGACACGGAAAUAUUUUUAUUCAUUUACUAAUAAGCAAUUGACACUGAUAAUUGAAAUAAUAAAUUGAUCAUAGCUCGAAUAAGAUUUAGAGACUGCUUGUUAAAUGAAUUAAUUGCAAGGAGACUAUGCUUGCAUCAAAAAGGAGAGCAAGAGGUGGCAGCAUUCUGAAAUGCCGACUUGCAGGCGUGUGUGACAUUUUGAUGUAGGAUGUCUUUGAUGAUUUUCGUUAUGUAUCGACUCAAUACAUAGAUAUUCGUGAUAAAUAGAGUUUACCAAAAAUAGUUCUGCAAACCUCGUAUAAGAUAGGUAAUAUCUGAAUGUGUACGUCUGAUAUCUUCUUUUAGGUUAGGAAUCGUCGACCCGGGAUUUGGUAUUAAGAAAAAUGAUUCUUUGCUUUACGAAAGCGAUACAGCUCUAAAACUCAUUUACAUUUGUGCCAUGGUAUCUAUUUCUUAAUGUAGCUGGGUAGCAGAGUUGUUUGUGAAUUUUUCAGAACCAGAUAAAACGUCAGAAAAAAGGGGAAAAUAUGGAUGUUGCAGUAGUAGAAGUCCUCCAACAAGCAGGUAGUCAAGAUCCCAGUAUAUUAAAACCAGCUGAAGAAACUUUGAAACGUUGGGAAAUUGAAAGAGGAUAUUAUACUGCAUUAUAUAAUGUAUUUUCUAAUCAUUCCUUGACUGUCAAUAUUAGAUGGAUGGCUAUUUUAUGUUUUAAAAAUGGUAUUGACAAAUACUGGAGAAAGUGUGCUCCAAAUGCAAUUGCUGAGGACGAAAAAGAAUUUCUCAGACAACGUUUAAUAUCGAAUUUCGAAGAACCUGUGAAUCAGUUAGCUGUACAACUUGCAGCUCUCAUUGCUAAAAUCGCGAGACACGAUUGUCCUAGAGAAUGGCACACGUUAAUUCCAACUUUAUUGGAAGUAAUAAGAGGGCAAAGUCCGUUGGCCCAGCAUCGGGCACUGUUAACGCUACAUCAUGUUAUUAAGACUUUAGCCUCGAAACGUUUAGCUGCAGACAGACGGCUCUUCCAAGAAUUAACCAGUAAUGUGUUCAGUUAUAUUUUGAAUUUGUGGAACUCUUACACAGAAUCCUUUCUUAUAUUGACGUCAAACGGAGCCGACACACAUCAAAUACAAGAAGCUUUGGAGAAGGCAUUACUUUUGCUGAGAAUACUUAGGAAACUCGUUAUAAAUGGAUUUAAUAUACUUACAGAAUCUCCAGAUGCGAUGUCGUUUUUAAAAAUUGUUUUUGAACGUGCAAAAGCCUGCCUUGAAUGUCGGAAGACAUUAAUUUCAAGAGGUAUACAAAUGGAAGUGUGCGAUAAAUUUAUAAUUCAUUUGACCAAAGUAUUAAUAGGUGUGUUAGAAGCGCAGCCAAAAUGUUAUGUUGAACUGGCAACAACGUCAUUAGAAUUCUCGGUUUUUUACUGUUUCACCGAAACCGGUCAACCUCUAACCUUCGAAAGAUUCGUUGUACAAUGCUUAAACUUAAUGAAAAGCAUCGUAGAGAUGUCGUCUUGUAGCUAUGCACUUGCUAAGGAUGUUACGACACAUCGGUUAACUUUCAAAGAAACGGAUUUCGAAAUUUUUACACCUGUAACGUUAACUGAAAUCUGUUCAAGACUUGUAACACAUUAUUUUCUCCUAACUCCUAGUGAUUUGGAAUUAUGGGACACAGAUCCCGAGAGCUUUGUAAUCGACGACGCUUUUGAUUCGUAUAAAUAUAGCUUGAGGCCGUGCACGGAGGGAUUGUUUUCAGCGAUUUCUCAUCGUUUUAGAGAUGUCAUUGCACCAGUUUUAGUUGAUUUAAUGCAAAGGCAUCACCAACCAUGCGAUCCGAACGAUCUGCAUACAAUUCUAUUGAAAGAUGCAGUAUACAAUGCGGUUGGUUUAGCUGCGUUCGAUUUAUACGACGAGGUAAAUUUCGAUCAAUGGUUUUCAACUACACUAAAAGAAGAACUGAAGAUCCGAAGCAACAAUUAUAGGAUUAUUAGAAGACGAGUAUGUUGGCUUAUUGGACGAUGGACGAGCGUAAAAUUAAGUUCAGAACUGAGGCCAGGAUUGUACGAACUCAUGAUCGAAGUAUUGAGUCCUGACGAAGAUUUGGGUGUCCGCCUGGCAGCAAGCGAUGCUUUAAAACUUGCGAUAGACGACUUCCAAUUUAAUCCAGAAGAAUUCUCGCCGUAUUUGGCACCAACGUUCUCUCUCUUGUUGUCUCUUUUGAAGGAAGUGAAAGAAUCCGAUACCAAGAUGCACGUUUUAUAUGUAUUGUCGUUUAUGAUCGAACGGGUUGGGAGCGAAAUAAAUCCACAUGCCGCCGCUCUCUGUUCGUAUCUACCGGCUGUUUGGCAACAAUCCGAAGGCCAUGAUAUGCUAAGAUGCGCUAUCAUUUCAACGCUUGUGCACCUCGAAAAGGCACUAGGUGCUGAAAGUAUCGUCAUGGAACCAUUGGUAGUGGGUGUGGUCGCGUUAAGUUGCGAUGUUAAUCAAGAUUACCAUGUUUAUUUGUUGGAAGACGGACUGCGAUUAUGGCUGGCUUUGCUGGAGAACGUAUCCAGGCCGACGCCUGUCAUUAUGGAUUUGGCUAAGCAUUUGCCGGCAUUAUUAGAAAAAUCCUACGAAUAUUUAAAAUUAUCUUUGUACAUAGUCGAAGCGUAUAUAAUAUUGAGUCCUCAAGAAUUUAUAAGUCAAAGGGGUACGGUUAUAGUUGAAACGCUCAUGUCGCUGUUAGGUGAUUUAGGAGCGGAUGGAACGGUAAUGAUAAUGACGGUGUUUCAACUAUUUUUGCGCGCUUCACCCCGACAAGGUGCAGAACUCAUUAAACCUGCUUUAAUAAAUAUAUUUGAAAUUACGUAUAAAGACGAAAGGACCUUAUUGAUGGUUAUGAGUGUGUAUUUAUCAAUUAUCGCAAGAAUUUUAUGGCUUUAUAAAGAUAUUUUUAUACAGGUAAUAAAUGAAGUGACUAGAAAGUUGGAGAUGGAUGGGAAUGAAACUAAAGAAGAAGCUGUACUUGGAAAAAUAAUACAUACAUGGCUUAAUCAUAUGCCGUACGUUAUGUCGGAUAAAAGUAAACUGUUAGCUGUUGCACUUUGUUCACUUCUCGAAGUUAACAGUCCUCCCAGCGUUUUUCAACAUUUUCCAUUAAUGAUAUCCAACAUCGUUGGAACUCUGAAUGACAUCACUAAGUACGAUCACGAAAAGGGCGAGCACGUAGAACAUAUCAAGGAAUCAGUUUCAUCCGACGAUGAGGAGUACGGAAAUAAACACGAACAGCGAAGAAGGAGGAUCGAAUUUAACGAUCCCCUGUCUAGAAUAUCGUUGAAAGAAACGUUUCAAAAUCAGUUAUUUACCUUACGCAGACAAAUCGGCGUUAAUCAUUUCAAUCAGUUGAUGUCGACACUAAAUCCCGAAACCGAGAAGGACCUGAAACUUUACGUGUCGUUAUGAGAAUAAAGGCAAAUCGAAUUGAAAUAGAUGGAAGAUAAAAACGAAUGAAAUAUUAAGUCAGGUGCGAUAUUAUCUACGUGUAAAAAAGCUUUACGGCGCUCUAUUGUAAAACGGCACUAUUUUAUUGUAUCAUACUAGCUGUUUCACUGUACUAAUCAUGUUGAUAAUAAAAAACCUGUCAUUUCAAUA